AUGGAACUAAAAGCGUGGGGGGGGGGGGGGGGAAUAGGAGUCAUGCCGAGUAUUGUAUAUAAGAAGAUGUAUGUAGGAAACGUUACAAAACAAGGUACUUGGUUUCUCGAAGAGUACCCUUAUGUCUUGGAAUUAGUUCGUACACAGCUUCACUUUUGUGUAUAUAUUUCCAUAGAGUGUAGUAGUAAUAACCUUGUAAUAAUGCGUGCGUUAGCGUAUUUCGGUAAGAAAGAUAUUAAAUUUACAAAUGAUUUAAAGGAGCCUACCAUCGGGGUGGACGAUGAAGUAGAAAUUAACGUUGCUUGGUGUGGUAUUUGUGGUAGUGACCUUCACGAAUACCUAGAUGGUCCAAUUUUCUUCCCCGAAGAUGGGAAGACCCAUGAUGUCAGUGGUCUUGGUUUACCUCAGGCUAUGGGGCAUGAAAUGUCCGGUAUAGUGUCAAAGGUUGGAUCUAAAGUGAAAAACGUCAAGCCUGGUGACCGUGUUGUUGUCGAAGCUACUGGGUCAUGUUUAGAUCAUUACCGUUGGGAGGGUUCUGCUCAUGCAAAAGAUGGGAAUUGCGCUGCUUGUAGUAGAGGAUAUUACAACUGUUGUGCCCAUUUAGGGUUCAUGGGUCUUGGUGUGCACAGCGGUGGUUUCGCAGAGAAAGUUGUUAUAAGUGAAAGACAUAUAGUUAAGAUUCCAGACUCUUUACCUUUAGACGUUGCAGCAUUGGUGGAACCAAUUUCAGUGUCUUGGCAUGCAGUCAGAAUAUCGCACUUACAAGAAGGCCAAUCUGCGCUCGUGCUAGGUGCGGGUCCUAUUGGUUUGGCUACAAUCUUGGCGUUACAAGGUCAUGGUGCUUCUAAAAUCGUCGUUUCAGAACCAGCUGAAAUUAGGAGACGCCAGGCAGCAAAAUUAGGUGUUGAAACUUUCAAUCCAAUGGAACACGGUGAUGAUGCUGUAGAAAUUUUGAAGAAAAUGGCGCCAGGAGGUGAAGGGUUUGACUUUGCCUACGAUUGCUCAGGUGUCAAAGCAACUUUCGACACCGGUGUUCAUGCAGUGACAUUCAGAGGUAUGUAUGUUAACAUUGCAAUUUGGGGUCACAAACCAAUCGAUUUCCGACCAAUGGAUGUCACUUUACAAGAAAAGUUCAUUACUGGUUCCAUGUGUUACACUGUAGAAGAUUUUAAAGCUGUCGUCGCAGCUUUUGCUGAUGGAAGAAUCGAAGUAGAUAAGGCAAGACAUUUGAUUACCGGUAAGCAAAAAAUCGAGGAUGGUUUCGAAAAGGGUUUCGAUGAAUUAAUGAAUCACAAGGAAAAGAAUAUUAAGAUCCUACUAACACCAAAUAAUCACGGUGAACUGAAUGCUAAUUAA